CCCCCUCUUCCCCCUCCCCUUCUCUCUCUCUUCUCUUGGCUCAGCUUCUUAUGCACGUGGAAGACAAUGGGCCUGUGGUCGGAUGGAGAAUUAAGGGACGUACGGCAGCCUAGCCUAGCGAUACAGCAUCAGCCUAUGGCAGCGCUGUUUCAUAAUGCCCCUCUGAUUAAUAGAUCAGCUUCUCUCUCUCUCUCUCUCUCUCUCUCUCUCUCUCUCUCUCUCUCUCUCUCUCUCUCUCUAGACCCUGACUGGCUGAAGUCAAGAGAGAGAGGGUCAGUGCGGGAAAGAGUUUUUCCAUAGCAGCGAAAAGUGCUGUUCCCUUCCCUUAGGCUAAUUGAAUAACACGCUUAAAGCCAAUCCAUUAUAAAAAAGAAGGGAAAACACACAAGCACGAGCAUAAACACACACACACACACACACACACACACACACACACACACACACACACACACACACACACACACACACACACACACUUAUCUUAAAUAAUCUGUAGUUUUUCUCCAGUCGCCCAAGAUGACAGGGACAGUUGAUGAGACACUGGUUCCUCUGCAUUAAUCUUAUUUUCAGGGAAAAAAUAAAUAAUGCAAAAAAUAAUAAUAGCAUUUUGGACGGGUAUGUAAACUGAUAUAAUUGCUCUGCAGCAGGGAGGAAUGGGGAAAAGGGGGUUUAUAUGAGUUUGAAAGCAUCCGAAAAGGAUUAGCAUUGCUUUGCAUAAUGCACAGCCACCCCUCUGAAAAGAAGGGCCCGUUGAAUGGUUGACUGGGUGGCUAAGAUGAAAGGAAAAGAUGAAAAUGCUUGCCUCUUUUUCCUCUCUUCCCCUUUUUAUUCCCGGGGUCCUGGCUCCAUCUCUCUCUCCCCAAAGAUGUGUUUGUCGAGGACUUGAGACAACAAGCGGACCGGCUCAUAUUUCUGGAGCCUCCCGAGAUGCGGGCAGAUUUUGUAAGUCACGUGAAGCAAUAUGUAUGGUAAUGAGCGAGACAGCCACUGGUAAAUAUGGGGCUCCUUUUAGCCGUAGCGUAGCGUAGCGGCACAGCGCACACACGGAAUAACGGGGAGGGGGAGAGGAAAAAAAAUGGAUGAGCGUGUCUUGACGCAGAAAACAUUACAGGCAUUGUUCUAAUGGAGCACAGUUGCCUGCCUUUCCCGCCAGGAGAAAUGCCAAGAUGGGGAGGAGAGAAUCAAGAUCUGUCCCUGACAGACUGGAUGAGAUGAGAUCCUCAUGUCGUGAUUGCCAUGGAAACCUGUGAUUCCCCCUCUCUGCCGAGACAGGAGAAUGGGCCUAAGAUAUCAAAGUUACGUGAGACGACAAAUCUUGACGAUAAUGAGGUGCCCGAGAAAGUCCCUGGGAUGGAGCUUGACAAGGAAAACAACCCCACGAACGACAACCUGAGGCUGGCGGAGGAGCGCGAGAGCCCGCGAGGAGGAGCAGGAGUAGGAGGAGUCGGAGGAGGAGAGAGCGCCUUCGCUGGACUGAGCGCCACCGUCGCCGCCACGGCGGAGAAUGCGGCCGCCAACCCAGCGGCUACAGCAAAUAACAAAGAGAUCCCCUGCAACGAAUGUGCCACUUCUUUCUCAAGUUUACAGAAAUACAUGGAGCACCACUGCCCGAGUGCUCGUCUGCUGCCGACGCAGCAGCCCACGACGCUGCCCCAGCUCCCCCAGCCCCCCCAGCCCGCCUCCGCCGCCAAGGACGACAACGAGAGCGAGGCCAGCGACCUGGAGGACAGCGACGUGGAGAACCUGACUGGGGAGAUCGUUUACCAGCCCGAUGGCUCUGCUUUCAUCCUGGAGGACUCCAAAGAUAGUAGUGGUGGUGGUGGCCAGCCGUCGGCGGGCCAGCCGGGGACCAAGGGCCACUUCUCCGCGGCCGCCGCGGUGUUCCCCGGUGCCCAGGGCGCCAACAGUGCCAGCGCCGGGGGAGACAAGGCCUUGGCCGAGCAGUCCGCCGCCGCCGCCGCCGCCAUGUCCUUCUACCCACAGGUGAUCAACACCUUCCACAUCGCUUCGUCCCUCGGGAAACCAUUUACGGCCGAUCCGGCAUCUUUCCCAAAUACCUCAGCAUUUGCAGGCGUCGGUCCUGUGUUGCACAGUUUUCGUGUCUACGAUCUCCGACACAAGAGUGAUAAAGACUAUCUAACCAUUGAUGGCGCUGCCAAAAACUCCUGUGUGUCCAAAGAUGUCCCCAACAAUGUGGACUUGUCCAAAUUCGACGGCUGCAUCAGCGACGGGAAGAGGAAACCCGUCCUGAUGUGUUUCCUGUGCAAGUUGUCUUUCGGUUAUAGCAGGUCGUUCGUAACCCAUGCCGUGCAUGACCAUCGGAUGACCCUUAAUGAGGAGGAGCAAAAGCUCCUGGGUAAUAAGUAUGUCUCUGCCAUCAUCCAGGGGAUAGGCAAAGACAAAGAACCUCUUAUAAGCUUUCUGGAACCAAAAAAAUCCAAUUCUGUGUGUCCCCCCUUUUCUACUGCAAACUUCAUGGGCCCCGACCCUGGCUUUCGCGGGCUGUGGAACGCUUUUCACGUGGAGAACGGCGACUCCUUGCAGGCCAGCUUCGCCUUCCUGAAGGGCAGCGCCAGCUCGUCCUCUUCGGCGGAGCAGUCGCCAAGGAACGCCCAGACGCCAAAGGCCGAGAUGAGUCUGGGAGGAGGAGCGGCGGGGUUGGCUGCUGCCGCCGCGGCUAAGGCAGCGGUCCUUGCCGGGUCCGCCUCCGCCUUCCAGCGCUCGUCACCCGGUGUCAGCGGAGAGCAGGAGAGCAACUGUGAACGACAGAAGGACGUUAGCACUUUGCAUUCGAACGGGGAGCUCCCCAUCAAGAGAGAGCCCGGCGUGGAGGGCAUGGAGGCAGAGGACGAUGAUGACGACACGUACUCCAAUGACAUGGAGGACAGCGGCAACGCGACGGCUGCGGGCGAACUAGCAGAUAGCACCAGUAGCAAAGAUUUCCCUCUCUUAAACCAAAGCAUUUCUCCUUUACUGUCCAGCGUGCUAAAGUAUACUGAUAGGGGUGCAUCUUCUACGUCCUCCGCGACUGUUUCCGACGAGCUAGACAAGACUAAAACCAUGACGACGACGACGGCUGUCCAGAGGGAUGGCAGCAACAACGACAACAACGGGAAGGAGUUUGGUGACUCCUCCAUGGGGCCGCGAGAGGGCACACCGCCCUCCCACCCCAACGACCUGACGACGCACCGCGACGACGAGAGCCCGGGUCCCCUGCGACAGCAGUCCGCCACGCCCACCAGUGCGCCCGACACCCCGGGCCUCGGGGAGGGCAGCCCGGGCAGCGGCGGCAGCAGCAACGGUGGCGGCAGCGGCAUCGAGUGCCCCAAGUGCGACACCGUGCUGGGCUCCUCGCGAUCCCUGGGCGGCCACAUGACCAUGAUGCACUCGAGGAACUCCUGCAAGACCCUCAAGUGCCCCAAGUGCAACUGGCACUACAAGUACCAGCAGACGCUGGACGCUCAUAUGAAGGAGAAGCACCCCGAGUCGGGCAGCUCCUGCGCCUACUGCCGCACGGGCCAGGCCCACCCGCGGCUGGCACGCGGCGAGAGCUACACCUGCGGCUACAAGCCCUUCCGCUGCGAGGUCUGCAACUACUCCACCACCACCAAGGGCAACCUGAGCAUCCACAUGCAGUCUGACAAGCACCUGAACAACGUGCAGACGUUGCAGAACGGCGGCGUCGAGCCCGUGAACGUCUUCAACCAUAACGCCGCGCCCGUGCCCACCAGCGUCGUGCCCGGACUGGGCCCGGCUGCCUGCAGCGUCGGUGGCGGAGGCGGCGCGCCGUCGCCCUCCUCCAAGCCCAAGCAGAAGCCCACGUGGCGCUGCGAGGUGUGCGACUACGAGACCAACGUGGCGCGCAACCUGCGCAUCCACAUGACCAGCGAGAAGCACAUGCACAACAUGAUGCUGCUGCAGCAGAACAUGAAGCAGAUCCAGCACAACCUGCACCUGGGCCUGGCGCCGGCCGAGGCCGAGCUCUACCAGUACUACCUGGCCCAGAACAUCGGCCUCACCGGCAUGAAGCUGGAGAACCCCGGCGGCGCGGACCCCACACAGAUGAUGAUGAACCCCUUCCAGCUCGACCCGGCCACCGCUGCCUCCCUCGGACCCAACCUCGUGAACAGCGAGUUGCCCGUGGAGUUCCGUCUGGCGGGCGCCGGUGCCCAGCUGCUGGGCGGUGACGGCUCCGACCUGUCCGGGAUGCUGUCCCCUGGCGGCAUGGGCAUGGGCCCGGGCGGCGGCAUGGGCCCCGCAGGCGGCUCCGACCUCUCGUCCUGCAUCACCGACCCGCUGCUUCAGCUCUUCCAGUGCGCCGUGUGCAACCGCUUCACCUCGGACAGCCUGGAGGCGCUGAGCGUGCACGUGAACGCCGAGCGCGCGCUGCCCGAGGACGAGUGGCGCGCCGUGAUCGGCGACGUCUACCAGUGCAAGCUGUGCAACUACAACACGCAGCUGAAGGCCAACUUCCAGCUGCACUGCAAGACGGACAAGCACAUGCAGAAGUACCAGCUGGUGGCGCACAUCAAGGAGGGCGGCAAGGCCAACCAGUGGCGCCUCAAGUGCAUCGCCAUCGGCAACCCCGUGCACCUCAAGUGCAACGCCUGCGACUACUACAGCAACAGCGUGGAGAAGCUGCGGCUGCACUCUACACACCAGAGGCACGAGGCCGCGUUCAAACUCUACAAGCAUUUGCAAAAGCAGGAGAGCGCUUGUGGCUCGGAGUCCUGCCUGUACUACUGUGCCCUGUGUGACUACUCCACCAAGGCCAAGCUGAACCUGGUGCAGCACGCGCGCUCCGUCAAGCACCAGCAGAGCGAGGGCCUUCGCAAGCUGCAGCUGCACCAGCAAGGCCUGCCCCCAGACGACGACACCCUGGCCGAUCUCUUCUUCGUCAAGGACUGCCCACCCGAGCCAGAGGACCCAGGUGACGACAGCGAGGAGCCUCCACGGGCAGCCUCUGCGGCCCCGGCCGAGGACAGGGGAGACCCGGGGGUCAGCCGAGGAGGUGGCCGGACGGAGAAGGAGCCCAGUGUGCUUUCAUUGGCUAAGGAGAGCCUGAGCUCUGCCUCCGCGGGGAAGCGUUCCCUCCUGCAGGAGAAAGAGAAUGCAGCUCCGCCCAAGAGGCCAAAGUCGGUGGAGGAGAAGACACACGCCAGCGAGCAGGUGCAGCAGUGCCCCUACUGUAACUACAGCAGCAAGGACGCCAACCGGCUGCAGCUGCACAUCAUGUCCCAGCAUUCCAUGCAGCCGGCGAUCUGCUGCCCCCUGUGCCAGGACGUGCUGAGCAACAAGAUCCACCUGCAGCUCCACCUGACCCACCUCCACAGCGUGGCCCCUGACUGCGUGGAGAAGCUGCUCAUGACUGUGACUGGACCAGAUGGGCCAACACCCAAUAGCAUGGCGUUGCCUGGUGCAGACAAAGUCCCAUCUAUUAUGGACUCUAUGAUGGCAGAAGGAUCCGGAAAGUCACUUGGUAAUAAUUCAAAGGAUGUCAAGCAUAGCAUCCCUCUGACCAAGAGUGAGCAGGACCACAGCGAUGAACUGAAGCCCCCGAAAGAGGCCUCCGAAGCCCCAGACUGGAAGAAAGCCGGCGGCCAAGACCGCAAGACGCCAGAUGGCCUCCAGGACCUCAGUGACCUGCAGAAGCGCCAGCAGCUCUCUGUCUCCGAUCGCCACGUCUACAAGUACCGCUGCAACCACUGCAGCCUGGCUUUCAAGACCAUGCAGAAGCUGCAGAUCCACUCGCAGUACCACGCCAUACGGGCGGCCACCAUGUGCAGCUUGUGCCAGCGCAGCUUCCGCUCGUUCAUGGCACUCAGGAAGCACCUGGAGACGGGUCACCCGGAGCUGAGCGAGGCCGAGGUGCAACAGCUGUGUGCCAGCCUGCCCAUCAAUGGAGACAUUACAGAGAUGGAGGCCCGGGCUCUGGAAGAAGCUCAGGUGUUCGACCCAGACUUGGAUAAAGACGAUGAGCUGGACCAGGAAGGCAAAGCCAGCCCAACAGGAAGCGACAGCAGCUCUCUGCUCGACGACAUGGGCUCUGAGCCAAAGCGCACACUGCCUUUCAGAAAGGGCCCCAACUUCACCAUGGAGAAGUUCCUGGAUCCGUCACGCCCAUACAAGUGCACAGUGUGCAAGGAGUCCUUCACCCAGAAAAACAUCCUUCUGGUGCACUACAACUCUGUCUCCCACUUGCACAAGCUGAAGAAAGUCCUUCAAGAGGCCUCCAGUCCCGUCCCUCAGGAGACCAGCAACAGCAUUGACAACAAACCAUUCAAGUGCAACAUUUGCAACGUCGCAUACAGCCAGAGCUCAACUCUAGAGAUUCACAUGAGGUCUGUGCUUCACCAGACAAAAGCCAGAACUGCCAAAAUGGAGAACAGCAGCAGCAGUGGGGGCAGCAGCAGCAGCAGCGCCAUGGGAAGUGGCAACAGCGGAGCGGUGCAGGCCAAAAGCCCAGCGCCUGUCAGAGAGUCCAGCUCAGAGUCCUCAAGCCUGCCAUCGUCCAGCAGCAACAAAGACAAUGCUGUGGACACCAAAGAAGCAGUCAACCUGAAGCAGACUACUACUGACCACAUGUCUGGGCAGGCCAGCCACCAGCAGGCCCAGACCUCUGCCCAGCUGCAAAUGCAGCUUCAGCACGAGCUCCAGCAGCAGGCCGCCUUUUUCCAGCCACAGUUCCUGAACCCUGCCUUCUUCCCCCACUUCCCCAUGACACCCGAGGCUCUGCUGCAGUUCCAGCAGCCGCAGUUCCUCUUCCCCUUCUACAUCCCCGGAGCAGAGUUCAACCUAAGCCCAGAGCUGGCGCUUCACUCGGCCGCUGCAUUCGGCAUGCCGGGUAUGACUGGGUCCUUCCUGGAGGACCUGAAGCAGCAGAUGCAGCAGCAGCAGCAGCUCCAACAGCAGCAGCAGCAGCAGCAGCAACAGCAGCAGCAACAACAACAGCAGCAGCAGCUGAACAAGCAACAGCAACAGCUUCAGCAGCAACAGCAGCAAGCUCAGCAGAAAUCUCAGCAACAGCAGCAGCAGCAGCAUCACCAUCAGCAACAGCAGCAGCAGCAGUCACAGGCCUCUCAGGCCCAGCUUCAGCACCAACAGCAGCAGCAGCAGCAGCAACAGCAGAAAUUCCAACAGCAUAGUCACAGGUCACAACAACCAGAGCCUGUGAGCAGUUUGCCCUGUGCAGAAAUGCAGAUUUCCAAAGAGACAGAAGAGCUUCUGGAAAAACAGGAGAAUAUUAAAGCCAAACAGGAUAUAGUGAAUGAGGCGUUGGAUGCUACAAUGAUGGAUAACAACAACAAAGAACUGAAGAAGCCCAAAUUUUCAGAGCCACUUAUUCCUCCACCCCGAAUCAUCUCGGGUGCCAGGGGUAAUGCUGCCAAAGCGCUUCUGGAAAACUUUGGGUUUGAACUGGUGAUCCAGUACAAUGAGAACAGACAGAAGAGUCAGAAGAAAACACGAGAAGGGCAGGAUGAGUUCAUCAGUGACAAGCUGGAGUGUGGAGCUUGCGGAAAGCUGUUCUCCAACAUGUUGAUCCUGAAGAGCCAUCAGGAGCACGUUCACGGACAGUUCUUUCCGUACGUGGAGUUGGAGAAGUUUGCAACGCAGUACAGAGAAGCCUAUGACAAGCUGUACCCCAUUAACCCAUCCUCCCCAGAGCCUCCUCCUCCCCCACCACCUCCUCCACCUCCCCCACCACCCGCACCAGUCACACCCCUGCCACCACCCAGCAGCUCUGCUGUAAAGCCGCUAAAGGCUCCAUCCCCAGCUCCCAUGCAGGCUCCUCUGCAAGCUCCUCAGCCUCCUCCCCCUCCUCCACCACCUCCUCCUCCACAACCUCAAACUGCCCCUCCUCCACCUCCUACACCACCUCCUCCUCAAGUUCAGCAGCCUGUCUCUCUGGACUUUCCCAUGUUCCCACCACUGAUGAUGCAGCCAAUGCAGCACCCUGGCCUACCCCCGCAGCUUGCCCUACAGCUCCCUGGCAUCGACUCCCUCUCCUCUAACCUGACACAGCUGUGCCAGCAGCAGCUGGGGCUGGAUCCAAACUUCCUGCACCAGUCUCAGUUCAAACGCCCGCGCACCCGCAUCACAGAUGACCAGCUGAAGAUCCUGCGGGCCCACUUCGACAUCAACAACUCUCCUAACGAGGAGCAGAUUCAGGAGAUGGCAGAGAAGUCUGGCCUUCCGCAGAAGGUCAUCAAGCACUGGUUCCGCAACACACUCUUCAAAGAGAGGCAGCGAAGCAAAGACUCCCCUUACAAUUUCAACAUUCCACCCAUGACCACCUUGGAGGACCUGAGGCUAGAGUCUCAAAUGAACGCCUUGGAGUUCUACAGGACUGAUGCGACCAUGAACAAGAGGUCAUCGAGGACCCGCUUCACUGACUACCAGCUGAGGGUGCUGCAAGACUUCUUUGACACAAAUGCCUACCCUAAAGACGAUGAGAUCGAGCAGCUCUCUACUGUGCUCAACCUGCCAACACGAGUCAUUGUUGUCUGGUUCCAAAAUGCCAGGCAGAAGGCACGUAAGAGCUAUGAGAAUCAGGCUGAUGCUAAAGACAGUGAAAAGAAAGAACUGACAAAUGAGCGCUACAUACGAACCAGCAACAUGCAGUACCAGUGCAAGAAAUGCAACAUUGUGUUCCCCCGCAUCUUCGACUUGAUCACUCACCAGAAGAAACAGUGCUACAAAGAUGAAGAUGAGGAUGGUGACAACCAGUCUGAGGAGUACAUAGACAACAGUGAUGUCGGCCCCUCCAGGCAGACCGAGUCAUCUCACAAACCUCAUGGUACAGCCACAAGCUCCGGGUCCAGCUCCCCACUACUGCCCUCACCAAGACCUGAGGUGGAGAAGGCCUCACCAAAGCCAGAACUGACCACUGAGAAACCAAAGCUGGCUGAGACCAUCCCCUCACAAGUAGCCAAGGCAUUGGCAGACCCCAGACCCUCCAAAGCAUCAACUCCUCAGCCCCCACCUCACAAGUCCCAUCAGCAAACUAUGGCAAGGCCUCACUCACAGCCUCAGUCAGCAGCUGUCCCAUCCAGCCCACUGUCCAUGACCCUGCCCUCUCUGGCGAGUACCCUGCCCCCACAGAUGUUGCAGUACCAAUGUGACCAGUGUAAAAUAGCUUUCCCAACUGUCGAAUUAUGGCAGGAGCACCAACACAUGCACUUCCUGGCUGCCCAGAACCAGUUCCUGCACUCGCAGUUCCUUGAACGGCCACUGGACAUGCCCUACAUGAUCUUCGAUCCAAAUAACCCCCUAAUGACCAGCCAGCUGCUCUCUGGAGCUCUGUCUCAGUUGCCCUCACAGAGCUCUGCUUUAGCUGGCAUGCCUGGCUCUGGCCCUCUGAAACGUAAACUAGAUGAUAAAGAGGACAGCUCCAAUGACAAAGACAGUGGAAAUAGUGGCGAAGACCAACACCAACGUGACAAGCGUCUCAGAACCACUAUCACCCCCGAGCAACUAGAGAUCCUCUAUGACAAGUACUUGCUCGAUUCAAAUCCGACACGGAAGAUGUUGGAUCACAUAGCCCAUGAAGUGGGCCUAAAAAAGAGAGUGGUGCAGGUCUGGUUCCAGAACACCAGAGCAAGAGAGCGCAAAGGGCAGUUCAGAGCAGUCGGCGCAACCCAGGCCCACAAGAAGUGCCCAUUUUGCAGGGCUCUUUUCAAGGCCAAGUCGGCUCUAGAUAGCCACAUACGCUCCCGCCACUGGCACGAGGCUAAGCAGGCCGGCUUUAGUCUGCCCCCUAGUCCCAUGAUGCUCCAGGAGGAUGGAGCCGAAAGCCCCAGCAAGUGCGGUUUUCCUGAGUACUCACUGAUGCCAACGAAAACUGAGGUGAACGAUUAUGAAAUGCCGACUGCGUCCUCCACCCCAGUCAAACCAUCCGAGGCGCAACAAAAAAACUUUUUGAGCCCUUCAUCCUUUAAAGCAGAAAACAGUGAUGAAUUUGAAGGGCUCAAUAUGAAUUCUGCAGAGGUCUUCAACGAGACCAAUAAAAUUGACUUUGAUGAGACCUCGUCAAUUAACACAGCCAUAAGUGACGCCACGACUGGCGAUGACAUAAACAAUGAAGUAGAGAAUCUCACAGCCAAUGGGGGCGAAAAGAUGAAUGACAACAAGCUGUUGUCAUCAUCCCUCUCUGAGGCUUAUGAAGAUAGGUUCCCAUUUAGCAUGGUGAGCCCUGCCCUGAGUUUCGCUGGCAGCAAAGACAGUGAACACUACUUUAGUAUGAGAGAGGACGACCUAGAUGAAAACGCAGACCAGAGCGAGUCGUCCAGCUUGACUGACCCAAGCUCACCGAGUCCCUUCGGAGGUCCAAAUCCAUUCAAGAGUUCCAAGGGUAAUGGAGGAGAUAGACCAGGACACAAGCGUUUCAGGACCCAGAUGAGCAACCUGCAGCUCAAGGUCCUCAAGGCUUGCUUCAGCGACUACCGCACGCCCACCAUGCAGGAGUGCGAGAUGCUGGGCAACGACAUCGGACUGCCAAAGCGCGUGGUACAAGUCUGGUUCCAGAACGCCCGUGCAAAAGAAAAGAAAUUCAAAAUUAACAUUGGGAAGCCAUUCAUGAUGAGUCAAAACUCUCCAGAUGGCCCCAAACCCGAGUGCACCCUGUGCGGCGUGAAGUACACGGCGAGGCUGUCCAUCCGUGACCACAUCUUCUCCAAGCAGCACAUUGCGAAAGUGCAAGAAACCCUGGGCAACCAGGUGGACAGAGAAAAGGACUACCUAGCACCAACCACUGUUCGCCAGCUUAUGGCGCAGCAAGAACUCGACCGUUUGAAGAAGGCAAGCGACGUCCUCAGCCUGCCAGCCCAGCAGCAGCAGCAGCAGUCGGCGGUGGACAGCAACACGCUCCACGGCCUCAGCCUGCCCACUGGCUACCCGGGGAUAUCCGGCCUGCCGCCAGUGCUUCUGCCUGGUGUCAACGGCCCGUCAUCCCUUCCAGGUUUCCCACCAAACACACCUGCUUUAGCGUCUCCUGGUGCUGGCAUGCUUGGGUUCCCUACUCCAGCCACCCCUUCCCCCGCCAUGUCACUCAGCAGUGCCCCAUCCAAGAACCUUCUGCAGACUCCUCCACCUCCUCCUCCUCCUCCUCCACCUCCUCCUCCUGCUCCUCCUUCUGUCCCUCCCAGUCCUCUGGCCGUCAGUCAGACUGAGCAGCAGCAGCAGCAGCAGCACAGCAAGGAACACGAGAAAGACAAGAAGUUGGAAAAGCCGAUGAAGGUCAAGGAAAGAGAAUCCCACAACGCCACCCGUUCCUCCCCCCACCCGAUCCCGCCCCAGGCCAAGAAAAGGGAAAAGGCCCCCCAGUCAGCGCUUAAGGGAAAAGUCGGAGCCGAGGUGUCGAUGUCGAUGGACCCAGCACAACUGCAAGCACUUCAGAAUGCCAUCGCUGGUGAUCCGAGCUCCUUCCUGGGGGGUCAGUUCUUGCCUUACUUCAUCCCCGGCUUCGCCUCCUGCUUCUCGCCACAGCUCCCCGGCGGCGUCCAGGGCGGAUACUUCCCUCCGCUGUGCGGGAUGGAGAACCUGUUCCCCUACGGGCCGACCGCCAUGCCGCAGGCCAUCGCCGGCCUCUCCCCCACCGCCCUCCUCCAGCAGUACCAACAGUAUCAGCAGACUCUCCAGGAUUCCCUGCAGAAGCAGCAGCAGCAGCAGCAGCAGCAGCAACAGCAACACAAGAUGCCCCCCAUGAAGAGUGCACAGAGCAACUUCAAGCAGAAACAGGCUAAGGAAACCAAGGAAGAAAAAAAAGGCUCUUCAACUGAAAGCACAAAAGAAGAACCACAAACCGAUACCAAAAUUUCAGACUUUCCAGAUCCUUUUAUUGUUCCGUCCAUCAAACACGAGUUUAUAUGCAGAAAGUGCCAGAUGAUUUUCACUGAUGAAGACUCCGCUGUCCGCCAUCAGAAGUCCUUCUGUUACUUCGGUCACCCUUUUUCUGACCCGCAAGAGACAGUGCUUCGCAAGUCAGUGAGCAAAUACAGUUGCAUAGCCUGCGACGUGGCUGUGAGUGGAAGCGAAGCACUUGGCCAACACCUUCAGUCGAGCUUGCACAAAGAGAAAACAAUCAAACAAGCAAUGAGAAAUGCCAAAGAGCAUGCUAGAUUAUUACCUCACUCAGUCUGCUCCCCCUCUCCUAACGCCACAUCUACCUCGCAGUCUGCAGCUUCUGCUAAUAACACCUUCCCUCAUCUCUCUCGCUUGUCCAUGAAGUCCUGGCCAAAUAUCCUUUUCCAGGCUUCUGCCAGGAAAGCUGCUUCUUCUUCUUCCCCAUCCGCUUCUCCCCCUCUCCCCCUUUCCUUGCCUUCAACGGUUACCUCAACUUCCUGCAGCACCUCAGGGGCUCGGACCUCACUACCCACCGAGAGUUGUUCAGACGAGUCUGACAGCGAGUUUAGCCAGAAGUUGGACGACUUAGAUAACUCGUUGGAAGUCAAGGCGAAAGCCUCCUCUGGCCUAGAUGGCAAUUUUAAUAGUAUGAGAAUGGAUAUGUUCAGUGUGUAGUAGAAGUGAAAACAGGAUCCCUUGCUUAAAGAAAAAAAAUAAGACUUUAAACUGCAGUUCCAAAGUUUCUCUAACCCAAAAAAUUACAGUACCAAAAGAUUGACUCAGGAUUGUUUUUCCCAUAUUGAUAUGCUGGCAAGAUAUUGAUUGAUUUUUGUUAUGGACAGAACUGUUGCAGAUGCUUGACUGAGCUUUUAUUGUAUACAAAAAAACACGGAGUAGGAGAAAAUCUCACAAGUUCUUUUGGAGCUUGUUUCAAGCCAAAAACUCUCACGAUAGCAAAUUGCACCUCUCAGCUGGAUUGAUCUCCAAAUGCUAGCAUGUACUGUAUGGGAUGAUGAUCCAGAACUUUCAAAGAGAAUUUCUCUUAGUUUAGUUAGGUGUAAAACUGUAGCUUUAAAUUCUCAGGUCAGAUCAUAACAUGUCUCAUUUGUUAAAGCAGCAAAGAAGCCUGGUGACACGUGGCUUUUAACCAAAACAUGUCGAGCUUUAUUGGACGCAUUUUCUUGAUGUGUGUAGUGUACCAUACCAAGAGACAAUAUUACUGUUACAGGACAAAGCGCGUAUUCUUUUUGAGUUUGCCCCUUCAAAAAAAAAAAAAACACUUUGGUUUUACCACUGAGGAAGUUUAGAAUGGUGAAGUGAUGUGCCCCUGUGUUUUCCAGUUUGUUAUUGCCACAAGCUGUAUUUUUACCUACCCAACAUUCUUUUGUUUCUUGUAGAAUAUACUAAUCUGUGCCAACUCUUACCUUCUCACUUUUACCUCUGCUCGCGCCCUUUUCUGAAGAGGUAAUAAUUCUAGUUUUGAUAGACUCUUGAGGAUUAUGUGAAUAAGACAUUUUUUCAUUUGUGAAUUGCUAUACUGUUACGGUACUUGCUUGUGUCUGGACUUUAGUGCACUUAUUUUAAUUUUGUUUGAUUUCUUUUAUUAUUAUUUUGAUAGGUCAUGUGUUAAUUUAAUAGACAUUUGUUUUUGUUUGUUUUAAUUGUUUGUCCAUUUGUCCGUUCAUUUGUCUGUUUGAAUUAUUAUUUGUGUGUAGUGCAGCAGCAUAUUGGUCAACAUUUGUUAGACGUUUAACAACCUAACAAUCCAGAGACCUGUUUAAACAAUUUGGUGCAUUCAUGAAAGUAGUACUGUAUACUUGAACCUGUUAAAGUACAAGUUGGACAAACUAUUAAAAAAGGUAUGAGUAUUUGCUUUACAUAAGCAAAUCAGCUGCUUUAAAAGAAAAGGGGGACUAAAGCAUUUGUUUUGUAUAAUGAAAAGAUUUUCCCUGUGCUUAUAGGACUGAAUACAGUGUUACCCUGUACACUGCCAUUUAGUGAAUAGGUAAAAGUACUUCCAUCACUGCUCUGGGCACUUCAGUUUUCCUCUUGUCAUGAGAAUUGAACUUUUUUGUUUCCCAUCAUAUUUAGUCAUAUAUGCAUUACGAAGUAUUAUCUUAUAACAACGUUUUGCUGCUACUGUGUAAGGUUAUGUUGCUCGCCAUAAAUUCUCAACCUUCUACCAGACAGAAUACUGACUCAUGAAUCGCUUUGCUUUGCUGGUUCUUCUGUUUUGAUUUUAUUUUCGUUUUUUUUUUUCUUUUGCUGUGGAACUCAAAGAAUGUGAAAGCUGUCAAGGGUGUUCAAUUUUUACGAAUCACUUUCUUGUUUGGUAAAGUAGGACAAUGUGAUCCAUUCCAAAGCGACAGAAGGCUAUUUGUAUGAAAGUAAAUGGCUUGUGAACAAAGGAAGCUAAGCUGUUGUACAUAUUCGUAGUUGGCUGUGCAUGGUACAAAUUUAUUAAUAUGAAGAAAUGCAAAAUGUAUUGCUUUUGGUAUUCCUAUUCUGAGAUGAACAAGUAGCAUGUAAUGCAGCUGUUUGACAGGUUAAAUCAAAUCAUGCUUAAAAAUUGUUUCAAAUGAUAAAAUCAAGUAACAUUUCAUUUUACUUUUUAUUAUUGUACAGGUGUUUUCUUUUUUGUUAAAGUUUAAACACAAAUGUCACACAGUUUAUAAUUCUCUUUUAUGUGAACUUUUUAAUGUACUUAUUUGGGAUUUUUAGUAUUUUAACCUUUUAUUUUAAUCCUGAAGACACUUUUUGAUUGUGUUUCAUAUGAGACAUCCUGGCCUCCUAAGGUGCAAUCCUUUGCCUGUGUACAAAAACACGAGAGACUGUCCUGAUUCCAAAGGCUUUUAGAAAACCCUGGCUUUCUGCCCUUCUCCUGACUGUGGAGCAGCAGCGUUACAAGACUGAGCUGCGGGCUAGCGCCUUCACGCAAAACAGCGUUAGCCCGAAGCGGAAUACUCAACCACACAGGGGUCUGGUAAAGCUAUCUAACCAACCAACACACCUAAAACGAAACAAAGAAAAGGAUGGUCCAAUAAUAUAACUGUACAUAAAUGUUGCAACUGCACAGCAGCCAAAAAAAAAGAAAAGAAAAAAAACCUUUUUACGGACGGAUAGUGUCAAGCAAAAGAGGACAGCCUUCUAAAGGUUGAAAUUUUAGGAUUGUUCUUCUGGAUAUCAAAGGGAUUUACACGGCGCAAUCAUAUUCUUCACAAUAUGUACUCUUAACGCCUGGGUAAGAUAGCAACACCAACCUGAGGUUUUAUUCAAAAAAGAAGCCCCUAUGGCUAAAACUUUAAAUAAACUAAACCAAAAAUGUUAUUGAUGUUUUAUAUAUAGAGGGUAGUCUCAUUAGUUUUUGUUACUGUAAUGUUUGAGGUCUCAGAUGUACCGUAUUACGGUAAUAACAUGGUUUUGAAACUUUUUUUUUUAUUUUGUCACAGACCUGUUGUCAUAGUUGAAAUGACGUUUAUUGUAGAUGGUAUUUGAACAACUUCUUCUGGAAAUAGUUCACCAAGUAUGUUUGUUGCUCAUUGUUGUGAUACAUUAAAAACUGUAUCUGC